AUGGAAGAUUCCAUAAGUGCUUGCGUCGGUAUAUGUUCAAAAAUCCAGGAUUUGAGUGAAGGAGUUUGCUCUGGAAUUGGCUGGGGAUACAACAGCAAAUGCUCUAUAGGAUCUAUAGGCAAUCCUUAUCUCAGUCCGGGCUACGUAGAUGUUGAUGAAUGCAAGGAUCAUCCAUGUGAUGAAUUUACAACCUGCGAUAGCUUUCCAGGUUUAUGCAUAGCCUUGGUAUUAUUGUUCCUAUUGGGGGUUACCUUCGUGUUGUACAAAGUAUUGAAGAAGAGGAAAAGAAAUAAGUGCAAACAGAAAUUUUUCCAGCGAAAUGGAGGUCUUUUGUUACAACAACAGAUAUCAUCUAAUGAAGAUGUCCUUGAGAGAAUGAAACUUUUCCGGUCCAAGGAGUUGGAGAAGGCAACUGAUCGCUUCAAUGAAAGCCGAAUAAUAGGUAAAGGAGGCCGAGGUACGGUCUAUAAAGGCAUGCUAUCAGAUGGAAGAAUAGUCACAGUGAAGAAAUCCCAAUCAGUCAAUGCAAAUCAACAAGAGGAAUUUAUAAACGAGGUUGUCAUACUUUCACAAAUAAAUCACAGAAAUAUUGUGAAGUUACUAGGAUGUUGCUUAGAGUCUGAAGUUCCAUUGCUAGUUUAUGAAUUCAUUUCCAAUGGAACCCUCUUUGACCUCAUACAUGAUGAAAGUCCCAAUUUUCCAUUUUCAUGGGAUGUGCGCUCGAGAAUCGCUGACGAAGUAGCAGGAGCUCUCGCUUAUUUACAUUAUUCAACUUCCACACCCAUUUAUCAUGGGGACAUCAAGUCGAGCAAUAUCCUUCUAGAUGAAAACUAUAGACCCAAAGUGUCAAAUUUUGGAAUUUCAAGGUCUAUCGCAGUAGAUAAAACUCACUUCACCACCUUAGUUAAGGGGACCUUUUGCUAUCUAGAUCCAAAAUACUUUCGGCCAAGCCAAUUUACUGAUAAGAGUGAUGUCUAUAGCUUUGGUGUUGCUCUUAUUGAGCUCUUAUCAGGACAUAAACCAAUAAUUUCAAGUGAUAUAGAAGAUGAAAGAAGUUUAGCUGCGCAUUUUCUUAUGUCUAUAGAACAAAACUGCCUUCAUAAAUUUUUUGACCCUAUAAUUUUAGAGCAUGAUAAAGAUGAAGACAUUAUUACUAUUGCUACUUUAGCAUAUAGAUGCUUGGAUUUGAAUGGGAAGAAAAGGCCAACAAUGAAAAAAGUCAGCAUGGAAUUGGAGAAUAUCGGGCUAUUUAAGGGGCAAGCAACUGUCCAAAGUAAUACGCAAGUAAUCAGCACUAAAAUGGGAUCAGUAUCACUAUCAGACCUCAACUCCACAUGGACAUCUCGUGAUCGUGAGAGCACUUCAGAUACAGUAAUUCAAAAUUUGUUCCCAGAUGGAGAGAAUAGAGAAUGGGAGGAAAAACUGAGGCACACAAGUGCUGAAAGUUGGGUGAAUGCCGGGCGAUCAAGGUACCACGUGUCCCACGUUGGCUUUUCCACUACCCCACAUUCUCCUGGGGGAUCUAUAACUUCCCUCUUGGAGCAUCAUCUCCAGAAGGGGAAGGAAGGCGGGAUAAAAUCUCUCUCAAUAGGCCAGACUGUUGGGUCUGCUCCACCUACAUGGCUUGAACCCUGGUCUCCAAGCUUCCUAAAUGGUCCCAUGUCUCAUUCACUAGCCACUUGGCAGCCAUUUGCCUCAAUAACUAGGUAUCAAUGUCAAUCGGUGGUGGAGGAACUUGUAGCAUCUCGAAGUUCUCAGCUGCUUGUCCUUCCUCAGCCUGUUGCUAUCGGCGUCGCUCGUUUUCUAACUUCUGUUGAUGUUUAA